AUGACACAUUGUCAGACCAUAAAACGCUCAGUCCAUCUUUUUAAUCUUGAUCCUGCCGCCGAGCGAUUUGAAUAUGAACCAUCGAUAGGUAUCUUUUUACCACAACUCGUCUCAAUCGGUCUUUCAUUACAUGUUAUGAUUGGCAAACCCAUUGAUCUGUUUUCCAUCUUUGAAAAUGUACAAGAUAUUCGUGAACUAAUAACUCUUGAAGAUGUAAUGGAUGAACUUCACUAUGGUCCAAACGGCGGUCUAAUUUACUGCUUAGAGUUUCUUCUUAAUAAUAUAGACUGGCUUGAAGACGAACUCGGUGAAUACUAUGAUGAUUAUCUCAUAAUCGACUGUCCUGGUCAGAUCGAAUUAUAUACUCAUUUUCCUAUAAUACGUCGAUUGUGCGAGUGUUUGCAGAGGAUGAACUUUAGUAUUUGUGGGGUAUAUUUAUUGGAGAGUCAGUUCAUAGAAGACAAGUCAAAGUUCUUUGCUGGGGUGCUUAGUGCUAUGUCGGCUAUGAUUAGUCUAGAAAUACCGCAUAUUAAUGUUAUGAGUAAGAUGGAUCUGUUGGGGGACGUGAAUAACCAGAUGAUGGAGAGAUAUUUUGAUCCAGAUCCCUUGCUUCUUCUUGAAGAAGUAAAUAGAAAUACAAACACCAGAUAUCAUAGCCUAAAUGAAGCCAUCGCACAAUUGGUUGAUGACUAUAAUAUGGUCAGUUUUCUACCAUUGAACAUUCGGGAUGAGGAUUCGGUUGCUUCAAUAUUAUCUCAUAUCGAUAAUGCAACGCAGUACGGGGAAGAUCAGGAACCAACUGAACCGAAAGAUGAAUACGACGAAAAUGAAUGA